UCCAUGCACGCGCUUCCUGCCUUCCGCGCUGGGGAAGGUCGCAAAGCGGAGCGAGCGAGCGACCGCCUUUGUCUUCUCCCUCUCUGCCCAGGCCGUUUCAACCUCCCCCCUCUCGCCGACCCCUAAGGCCCCGUGAGGAAAGAGCCACACAAAAAGAGAGGUGGGGUGGUCAAGAUCUGGGUCAAUCGCAACGUUCAAUUUGAGGGCAUUACCACCGGGUGAGGGGCAUUUGAGAUGACCGCGGGCAGAGUUUUCGUGCGGCUCGCUGGGGUCUCGGGAGCUCUCGCGGUUUCGGCAGGCGCCUACAAUGCCCACACGUUCAAGAUGGGUCAAGCCGACGAAAAUCAGCAACAGACGUACGACACCGCGAAUCGCUACCACUUCAUCCACACGCUGGCUCUGCUGGGGGUCCCACACUGUCGGCGGCCCAUCCUGGCCGGCUCACUGCUCACGGCCGGCACGGUGCUCUUCUGCGGCAGCUGCUACGUGCACGCGCUGGGGCUGGCCGACGGGCGCGUGCGCUCCAUCACGCCGUUCGGCGGCAUGUGCCUCAUCGCCGGCUGGCUCGCUUUGGUUCUCUGAGACUCCCCCCCCCAACACCAUCCCCGCUGCUGUGGGGGUGGUGAUCGGUGGGGGGGGGGGGGGGGCUUGCCGGUGUAGGAGAUACGGCUUGUAGGUCGCGGUUCGACGUGACGCAUUCACUGGAUUGUGAGACGCUUCGGAGAGAGGACGACGCGCCCCAAACUUGUGCCCGCUGUCGACUCGGCUGUACGAAUCUGGCACGCACUCACACACGCACCGACCAAACAAUGACACUUACCCCAAGUGCUUCAAAAUAUGCAUAGAUUGUAAAGUGUAGAGGUGCAGCCCUGCAAUUACUUGCUCACGUCAAUGCUGGCGGAAGGGACUCCGAGAGGGAGCUCUAGAGAGCCCCUCUGGAAGGUAUUUGGCCUACUUUUCCACGCCAGCCAGACAUCUUCGAAGAAGUAGGUGUACCCACAUUUAAAGCAAACAAUUUUUUAA